UCGACGAAAACUGACAGCUGACAGCGCUCUGUUUCGUGUCCUGAUUUUUCUCUAAGAAAAAUAAAUAAAAUAAUAAAUAAAUGCUGCUUACUUGCAUAGCUAAAUAAUCAAUGGCAUACAUUUUACGUUGAAAAAUUUCAAACAUUAAACAUGGAUGAAGAGGAGAAGAACUCUAUUAUACAAAGUCUUAAUUUAAGAAUAGGUGGCGAUAUUAAUGAUUUAGCAAGUGCUGUAGAAUUACAAGCAGAAUUAGCGGUCAAGCGAGAUCAACUUCAAAAUAGCUUAAAUGUAGCCAACAAUGAAGUGCCAACGAAACUGUCAGCAGCUUUAAAGAAGGCAGAAUUAAAUUCUAAUCAAAUAGACAAGUUGAAGAGUCGCAGUGAUGACUUAAAGAAGAAAGUUGAAGCCUUUCUGAACAAAACUGAGCCAUUGCGGUCUGAAAUUGAUAAGAGGUUUGCUGCUAUCAAUAAGCUAGAAGAGGUCUUAGUUUACUUAAGAUCGUUUGAGAAAAUUGAUGAGCUGAGCCGCCAAAUGAAACAAACUAAUGAUGAUGAACAAAUGGUGUUACUGUACAGCGAGCUCAGGAAGAUGUGUACCAUGUACCAAAAGGGACAUAGGGCCAGUUAUGUGAAGGAGUACACACAUUAUUGGCAUAAUGUCCUCAAAGACAAGCUCACUAAACAUUACGAAGAUGUACUAAAGCAGCUGAAAUGGCCAUUCUCAGCUCCAGCAGACGCCUCCCCAAUACCUAAAGAGGUGAUGGUGAAAUUCAACAGUCUGACUAAAUAUCUAUUUCUCAUUGAAGAACCUGAGGAUCUUGUCAACAGUAAUGUGACUGAUGAAUUGGGACAAGAGAAAGGUCCAUGCCUGCCAGUGAGAGUGCUACUACGGCCUCUUAAGAAGAGGUUCCAAUUCCAUUUCACGGGUUCACGUCAAACGGCGCGUAUCGAUAGACCGGAGUGGUUCCUUACACAAACUCUCACUUGGAUCAAACACCAUCAAGUUUUCGUCCAGUCUCAUGUUCAGCCAAUUGCUGAUAAAUUGGAACUGAAGCACGUUAAGGCAGCAGAUGAAUUCAAUGCCGGUCUGAUAGCACUGGCAGCUGAGAGAUUACAUACAGUACUGGCGUUAUACCAUACUCAAAGUUCUAAAGGCGAAAUAGUCGAUGUGGACGCGGCUUUCGCUCAUGCCGUAGAUGAAACUCUUGGCUUCCAAAGGGAAUUAGUUGAUAUCACUGGCAAAGAUAUUAACAGUGUACUGUCAGUUUUGACGAAGGCGGAAACUUUUGUGAGAUGGCAGACUGUGGAAAAGAAAUACGCCUUAGCAAAAAUGGACGAGAGUCUAGAAUGUUCUCAGUGGAGCGAGGGAGUAGGUGCGGGGGCCGGGGCAGCGACUGGUUCCGCCUUGUGGAUACCACGUGCAGCUGAUUGGUUCGUUACGUUACUGAGGACUAUUGAGGACAGAUAUGCGUUGUUGCCGCAGCCGGGACAUAGACUACAAUUCCUGGAACUUCAACUAGAACUAGUAGAAGAAUGGCGUAUCCGUCUUACACAGCUCCUCAGUGCGGCCAUAGACUCAUUACAUGUGGACUCCUUCCUAUCGCCUGACACGGGAUCUCAUCCGUUGACAGCUGUCAUUAAUGCCGCUCAUCAUACUAGGACUGUUUUAUUGCAGUGGGCCCAUUCUUUGCACUAUCUACAACUACAUUACUACCGGCGCCAAUUCCACAACUUUACGCAACAACAGCAUCAGGACGAUGAGUUCAGUGACACCACUUCAGACACUGAUUAUACGGAUUCUGAUGAAAUGCCUUGUAAGAGGAACAAAGAAAUAACUGCGGAAGCGUUAUCCCUUAUGGAGGUAGAACUACGAGCCAAGAACCUGGCGCUCAGUGAAAUGUCCAGGCAUAGUUCAAUGGUCCCAGAUUUGAACCAAUACGAUGUGACAUCACCAAUAGUAAACCUAGCAGUAACAGAACCUUUAACUGGAGAAGAUGAGGCUGAAGAAGCAGGGGUGUUCGCGGAAGCACCCGCUUUGCUCGCUCGCCUUAGAGACAGUGGCCUCGCGUCGCUGGCCGAACAUAUUCUGCUCGAGUUUAAGGCAGGCUUGAAGGACUACAAGAGGCAGAAAUGGCACGGCCUACUAAUCGUGGAAGAAAUGGCGCUAAGCGUAUCGGGCUCGCUCUGCCGGCCGCUCGCCGCGUUGUGUGCGCGACUGUCCGUAGCGGCACAACGACUCGCGCCAACACUUACCACGAGACUGCGGGCGCAUCUCGCUGAUAUUGUUGACCAAUAUAUUUUUGAGGAGAUAGUGCUCGAGAGCUGGUUCAACACGGGCGGUACGAUGCAGUUCACGCACGACGUCAAACGUAACCUCGUACCUGCGUUUGCUCCACCGAACAAAAUUGCAACGCAAGUCUACCAGUUACCCAGGCUCCUAGAAGCGUGUAAACUCUUGAACAUGGAUUACGACGACGCCCGCCGUCUCCGCGCUCUCUUAACAAAACAGCCCGCAGCCGCCGCGGAACUUCUAGAACAUCAUUCCAUUCGUUACAUACAAACAGCUCAGGCCCUCCAAAUUCUGAACCAGAGGACUGACCUCAGUGACGCCACCAGUCCCUCGUCGGUCAUGGAGUUGUUCUGAAACUUCGAAGGAGGAGGCGUCUAAGCAACUUGCUAAUAUUGGGGCGGAUCGUAAUGGCCGCCUUGUGGUGGAGUGUAACUUUUAAGUGCGGCUCUCGUUUACAUGUGGCAGUGAAUUUAGGUGCAAAAUAUUGAUGAAAAAAUACAAUAGUGUUAGCCAAUAGGUAAUCUUGAGUACAUCUUGGCAUUUCAAAUGAUAAACGCAAUCUUUCAGAUGGGUAUUGUUCAAAAAGUUCGGCAAAAUCAGGAAUUUCUUUUAUGCAUUCCAAGUAAACUUGAACGAUAAAAAUCGUGUAGAAUCCCGGUAUUAGACAAGCCCGCAUUACACCUCAUAAAAUAUUCAUGUUGCAAACCAGAGAUCGAACUUGAUAGUUACACGGCAUCCAUCUUUCAAAUUCCUAUUUGAAUCCAUUAAUUUGCAUAUCUUUUAGCGGUCAUAAAAUUGUGCUCAUGUUUUGAAUAACUAACCCUCUUCCUCAAACGUUAGAAGGAAUUUAAAAUAUCGAAAUCCUGUGAUCUAAAAUAUAUUUGCUAAUAUAUUGAUUUAAACAUCACUGCAUGUGGAAUAUUGAUCAGAACGCAGUAACAAUAUGAAGGUUGCAGGUAUUUAGUACUCGAUGGACUAGCCAAUAUUUCCGCGUCGCAUGAUUCUAAAACCUCUCACAUUUUAACAAUCAUAUUUUGUACGCACGUAGACUUUUUUACUUAGUAGGAAGUGAAGUCGUUGGCUCUGUGAUUUUCAGGAUUGAUUCACUCAAACAAGUAAGGAUGACAAAUACUAAAGAAAAUUUUCAAUUCACUAAUAUACUAUAACUAUAACUAGUGACUUUUCUAAUUGGGUUAACUCUGAACUUACACAGGUAGCCAUAGACUUGAUAGUAAAUUACUUCAUACACGCGAUCAUUAAGUAUCAAAAUCAUGCUUCUUCGACGCUCUAAACAUUUUUAUAAUUUAAGUAGUACUUGAUUCGAAGGCAUUAUGUAGCGGCAAGUUGAUUUGGCAAGAAUAGCCUCCUCCUCAUAGAUUAUUAUUAUUAUUCUGUAUAAUUAAUUGUGUAUUUCAGUAUCUACAUUUCAAUAGCAUAUAUCUUUUUAGGAUAAAAGUUUCUAGAACUUUCCAAAAUAGUUAUUACUGUCCGUAUUGAUAUUGCAUUUAUUAGUUACCUACUAUUAAUGUGAUAGAUCAAUGUGAAUUCAAUUUAUUUGAUCGUGCGACUUUUUUUAAGAUUACAUAUUUUUUUACCAUUGUAAUAUAUUUAUUUAUUGUAAAAUACUAGAGUUACUUGCCUUGGUGUAAAUAUUAUUUAUUUUCAAUUUGUUCUUCCUUCAUUUUCGUUUGAAUACAUUUUUGACAGUACAAUUUUUAUAUGGUGUUUCAGUUUGUUGUUACAACUCAUGAAAUUAAUAUUUAUUAUUAUUAUAAUCAUAAUAUGUGUAAUGUAUUGUAGUUGUAAGCUAAUUACGCCCCUGCUUGCUUAAAACACUACUGCACUUUCUACAACUCAUUCUACUGUAAAUCAAACCUUAAUUUAUGUUUUUUUUUUAGGAAAUCUUCCUUAAUUCAUGUAAAUCUGUCGUCAAAUAACUUUGCCACUCUGAAGUCUGCUAUUUGAUUUCUUGCGCAUAGGUACGCAUUGUGUUUUCUUCGUACUUUUUGACUGCUGCGCAGUCUCUUGUAGUCAUCUUCGGCGGGGUGAAAUGAAUAUGAAAAGUCUAGUUGCAAACCUUUCAUGUGGCAACAUCGAUCUAUGUACAUCAUCAUCAUCAGCCUAUCGCAGUCCACUGCUGGACAUAGGCCUCUCCAAGUGCACGCCACUGAGAUCUAUUAUCGGCUUCGAAAAGAUUUGUAUGUAGUAACUAAUCUAACAAUCUUGCCAAAUUCCUCUUAAAAACAGUAGAACUUUUUAAACCGACAUUUAAAAUUUUUAUUUUAAAUAAACAUGUGUCCUUUGCAGCUCUUUGCAUAAUGUAUAAGUUCUUUUAUAAUGUCAUAUCAUACAUAAGAUAGAAGUUCAGUAUCUACUUUAAGAAUAAAAAAUCCUUUUAAUGUGUAUCCAUGCUUAACAAGUACAUAAAAAUUAUCACAUUUAUUCCCAUAGUUAAGGUGUUUCAUGCCCAUUCAUUCAUUCAUUAUGGUUUUAAGGGUAAUAUGUUUCCAAUUAUAUCAUCAAUACAUAGGCAGGGGUUAGGUGUCAGAACUAAUCCGAUUUCGACCGAGUCCCAGUCUACCUUAUAAAAAAGGUCCCAAAAAAGUACCAGGCUUCGUACUAGGUUUAGAGCAUUUCCUUGUUCCAGAAAUCCAGACAAUGGUUUAUACCUGAUACUAAAGCCGGAACUUUUUUAGGGACUACUAUUUAUAAUGAGGUAGUAAGAGUUGUAAGCAAAAACCCAUGUGUGGUGAAAGAAAGGGGAUGUCAGUAUAAAUGGCCCUAAUUUAUGUAUAUUUUGUGUGUAGAUAAAUGUGUUGAGAACACAAACUGAGUCUGAUAAGUGUAAGUAGCUGUUUCUAUUUCAAGUGUAUGCAUGCAUUUUAAUUGAUGAAUUAUAAAUAUCGUAUGAAAUAAAUUAAUAUAUUCAUGUUUU